ACCUUCUUCAACCACCACACAUCCGGUAGCAAGUCGUGGCUUUUUACUCCACGGGUCAUGGCUUUUUUCUCUAUCAUUUUUUUUCUCUAUCAAUUGAUUAUUUAUGGUAAAUAUGGAAUAAAAAAAUCAUUAGAAAUUCAUAUUUGAAAUUGUUGUCAUAUUUGUAAAAUGUCAAAUAUGAGUCACACACCUGCAUAUUCAAAUUGUUACGGACCAAAGUAUUAUUUAGUGAUGGAAAAUUUCCACUAAAUUUGGUAUUUUUCAUCAGUUCAUCGUGUAGUAUCAACAAUCUAGACUAAUGACGCCAUUUACCGCCCAAUUCAGGGCUGAAUCAAACAGAAUUCUCUCUGUUUUCACCACUUCUCUUUCCCCAAUUCACAUCCCUCAAAUUCAAGCUCAACUCAUCCUUCAAAACCUCCAUUCAAAUCCCACCAUAGCCCACCAUUUCAUUAACACUUGUCAUCAUCUUCAACUUCUCGAUUCGGCUCUUCUCUUCUUUAACCAUAUCCCCAAACCCCAUGUCUUCGUUUGUAAUUCCUUAAUCAGAGCUUUCUCUCACUCCAAAAUCCCCCAUACCCCUCUUUCCAUUUACACCCAUAUGAACAGAAACUCCAUUUUCCCCAACAAUUACACCUUCCCUUUCCUUCUCAAGUCCUUGGCUGAUUUCAAUGACCUUGUUAGUGGACAAUCUGUUCAUACCCACGUUCUGAAAUUGGGAUAUGUUGCUGAUGUUUAUGUGCAGAAUUCUUUGAUGGAUGUGUAUGCGUCGUGUGGGAAAAUGGGGUUAUGCAAGAAGGUGUUCGACGAAAUGCCUCAAAGAGAUGUUGUGUCGUGGACUGUUUUGAUUAUGGGUUAUCGAGUUUCUUUGAUGUUUGAUGAUGCUUUGAUUGCAUUUGAACAGAUGCAAUAUGCAGGUGUUGAGCCUAAUCGUGUUACGAUGGUGAAUGCAUUGGCUGCUUGUGCAAACUUUGGAGCCAUUGAAAUGGGUGUUUGGAUACAUGAGUUUGUGAAGAGGAAAGGGUGGGAAAUGGAUGUGAUUUUAGGGACUUCUUUGAUUGAUAUGUAUGGGAAAUGUGGGAGAAUUAAAGAGGGAUUGGUUGUUUUCCAAGCCAUGAAAGAGAAGAAUGUGUAUACAUGGAAUGCACUGAUUAAAGGGUUGGCUUUGGCCAAGAGUGGAGAGGAGGCCAUAGCUUGGUUUAACAGAAUGGAUGAAGAAGGAGUUGAGCCAGAUGAAGUGACAUUAGUGGCAGUGCUUUGUGCUUGUAGCCAUUCUGGCUUGGUGGACAUGGGCAAGCAGAUCUUCCAAUCAUUGACCGACAGGAGAUUCGGGUUUUCUCCAGGAAUCAAACAUUAUUCAUGUAUGGUAGAUCUCUUGGCACGUUAUGGAUGCAUUGAAGCGGCUUUUGUAUUGAUAAAGGAUAUGCCUUUUGAAGCCACCAAAGCAAUGUGGGGAUCUUUGCUAGCUGGUAGCAGAGCUCAUGGGGGCUUGGAAGUGAGUGAAAUAGCAGCAAAGAAGCUUGUUGAAAUGGAACCAGAAAAUGGUGCUUAUUAUGUUGUGUUGUCUAAUAUUUAUGCAGAGAUGGAGAAAUGGAGUGAAGUUGAGAAAGUGAGAGAGAUGAUGAAAGAGAGAGGACUGAAGAAGGAUUUGGGGUCAAGUUCUGUUGAGCUUCAAGAGGCUGUAAAAUGCUUAUGAAUUGUUUUCUGAUGCUAUUGAUUGAAGUUUAUGCCUACAGAAACUGCUCAGAGCAUUUUUUGUAUUCCUAUUGUGAUAAGUUUUUGGAGUUAUAAUCACCAUGGAAGGUCAAGAUAACUGAGCAGGGCAUGUAACAUAGGGACUGAUAAAUUAUUCGACAAGACGAAAAUCGUUAGAUGCUUGGUUAAAAGAUAUAUUUAGGUUCGAUUUGUAACCACUUUCUAAAUGCUUAAAAACACUUUUUCGAACCUUCUCGAGAUGGGGCAUUGAUUUCUCAACUAUGCAUUCUCUAUGUCACAAGAUUGAGUGACAACGAUGUGGAAUAACUUCUCGACCCGAGACCAGUUGCGGAGUCCAUUAAUUCUUAGCUUCCAUAGUUGAUCUUCAAAGAUUUAGAAAUUAUUUAGCCGUCUAAAGAGGAUCUCUUUUUCCCCUCUCCUUUGCAUUCCCAUUUAUUAACGUGGAAACGGAGUUAUUCCUUAACAAUUUGUUUGAGUUUAUUUAAUUUCUUUAGUUUUGGACAGAAGUUUGUCUAUAUCCAU